AUGUCUGCUUCUGUUAAUAAACCAGCCGCAGCAAUUAUGCAAAGUCAGCUAUUUAUUAAAGGAAGGUUUUUUCAUAUUACACCAAACGAUAAAAAUCAUUUCUUAAUAACUUAUAAAAUUAUUCAAGAAAAUUCUAAUUUUUUUGAUGACAAUGAUCCUGACUAUAAACUUAUCUACGACCACGAAUUUAUUUAUUCAUAUCAUACAGCGAAUUAUUAUGUCAGAUGUAAGUUGUUAACUCAUUCAAUAAUUGAAGAUUUAUUGAAUCAUGAAGAGUUUGAUAUGAACACACAAAAUAAUGAAAUACCAUUAUCUCCACAACAAAAAUUAAGUCUUGAAGAAAGCUUGCUUGUAAAGCUUUAUUUACGCGUUUCACGAGGAACCGAUGAAAUUAUAAUUUAG